CCAUUCAGACAUAUAAUGUCUUACUCUCCGAACCAUCCGUCACCUGUACCCCCUUUCACCAACCACUCCACUAAAAUGCGCCACUCCGCCAAUAACCACCACCACCACCACCGUUCACCACCACCACCUCUCAUCACACUCACUCUCCUCUUCUUCACCACCAUCCACCUCACAAACGCAUGGCGUCCAUGGCCCAACCAAAAACACAACAUAACAAAUCUUCAUUUCGAUUCCAACAAAAAAUUCGAAGGCUCGUCCGAAUUCGUCAAACUAAAAUACCACAUGGGACCGGUUCUGACCGAGAACAUCACCGUACACAUAAUCUGGUACGGGAAAUGGCCGAGUCCACAGAAAAGAGUCAUCCGUGAGUUCAUCAACUCCAUCUCCACCUCCGACCACCGCUCACCGUCGGUCUCCGGGUGGUGGAAAACAGUCCAGCUGUACACCGACCAAACCGAUUCCAACGUGUCAAAAACAGUCCACCUCGGACGAGAGAAAAACGACAGGUUAAUGUCACAUGGUAAAACCUUAACCCGGUUAUCAAUACAACAUGUUAUUAAAUCAGCCGUGUCAGCCAAAACAAAACCGUUACCGGUUCAUCCUAAGGGAGGGUUAUACCUUUUACUUACUUCAGAGGACGUGUACGUUCAGGAUUUUUGCCAGAACGUAUGCGGGUUCCACUACUUUACCUACCCAUCGAUCGUGGGGUACACGUUACCCUACGCGUGGGUAGGUAAUUCGGCAAAACUGUGUCCGGGUGUGUGCGCAUACCCGUUCGCAGUUCCCGAAUAUAUCCCGGGGUUAAAACCGUUAAAGUCACCUAACGGUGACGUCGGGAUUGACGGGAUGGUUAGUGUGAUAGCUCAUGAGAUUGCUGAGAUGGCUUCGAACCCGUUGGUGAAUGCCUGGUACGCGGGUCAAGACCCGUCGUUUCCGGUGGAGAUUGCUGAUCUGUGUGAGGGGAUUUACGGGACCGGUGGUGGUGGGUCCUACACGGGACAAAUGUUGAAUGAUGGAGAUGGAGCUACUUAUAAUAUGCAAGGGAUUCGAAGGAGGUUUUUGGUGCAGUGGGUGUGGAACCAUGUGGUUAAUUACUGUACUGGCCCGAAUGCGCUUGAUUGAAAGGGAGAGGUCCAAGUGUGGUGUACUCGGCUCGGCUAGUGGGGUGUUAAACCUUUUGCACUUUGGUUAUUGGUUUCUUUUUCGUUUGUGUUUUUGUUGAUUAUAUUAUCAUUAAUAUAUUGUCAAUGAAGUUAAUUAAAUUAUGCUUGUUAAUUAUUACCAGGAGAAAUUUCGUA